AGGCGGUCGGUGUUGGAGUCAACACGGGGCAGAGGAAGCCUGGAGGUCCCAGAGUUAAUGUCGGCGUCGGCGUCGGCGUCGGCGUCGGAGUCGGAGUCGGAGGGAGGAAGCACCACCGCGGCACCGGCGUAAACGUCAGAGUUGGCAGGAUGCCCUUCGUAUACAGAUACGCCGCCACCGACACCCAGCUCCACGACGACUCUAAUGUCGCUCUGUUCUUCCUCGAGAAGGACCUCCACCCGGGUGCCAAGAUGAAGCUCCACUUCACCAACACCAUCUCCGGUGCCUCCUUCCUCCCUCGCCGAGCCGCCGACUCCAUCCCCUUCUCAUCCACACGCCUCCGUGAGAUCCUCGACCGCUUCUCCGUAGAGCCUAACUCCGCAGAAGCCGCUGCGAUCAAGCAGACCCUUCGAGACUGCGAGGAGCCAGCGGUGAGGGGAGAGAGGAAGACGUGUGCCACCUCGCUUGAGGCGAUGGUGGAAUUCAGCACGUCAAGCUUGGGGACAAGUAAGGUCAAGGCGGCGUCCACGACGGUGAGCAAGGAGGGAACACCGGCGCAGGAGUACACGGUCGCUGCGUCGGGAGUGCGAGAGAUGGGCGGGGAGGAGCUGGUGACAUGCCAUGCAGAGCCCUACGCGUACGCCAUAUUCUACUGCCACGCGACGUCGACGAGCAGGGGCUACGAGGUGGACAUGGUGGGGAAGGACGGGACGACGGUGGAGGCGGCCGCGGUGUGCCACACCGACACCACGGCGUGGAACCCGGAACACGUUGCUUUCAAGGUGCUCGACAUAAAGCAUGGGUCGGCGCCCGUCUGCCACUUCCUGCCUCAGGAUCAUGUCGUGUGGAGCCGCAGCGGUUAGAGCGAGCACGCACUUCCCCAAUAUGCACUGUGGUAGAGCUUAUGGUCGUGGAUGCGUCCUUUUAGUGUAUUAUUAUGUAUGUAUGUGUUUGGAGCUAUGUU